AUGAUUGAUCCCGGUGUCGGUGAAAUACCUACGCCAGAGGUUGCGGGUACCGGCUCUCGGUCUAUGUGGAAACACAUUAAUGUUCACUACCGCCGGAUAAUUCAUCAGCUCUCUCGCCUGAUUGGAAUCAAUUCUAUAUCUGGGUUGAUUGAUUUUUUCCUUGACCAUGGAUUUCCCGCAUCCAAGCUGCUCUGGGGUCUGCCUACCUACGGGCGCAGUUUCCGUCUCUGUAGCGUCAAUCAACACGGAUUUAAGGCCAGAAGUGAAGAUAUUGGGGAAGCAGGACCGAUCUGGCGCAAAAAAGGUUUAUUCACAUAUGAAGAGGUUGGCAGGGCCCUUCGAAAUGGAGCAACGCGUGUCUACGAUGAGAAAUGCCGCGUUCCUUAUUUAUUUCAAGGGAAACUUUGGCUAACAUAUGAAGACACAGAGAGUGCCGCAGAAAAGGCCUUGUACUUUAAAAACAAAUCGGCUGGUGUUGCCAUUUGGAACUUAAACCUUGAAGACCCGAAAGGAAAAGACAGCGGCAUUUCUUUCCCAAUUGUAAAAGCAGUCAGAAAGGUCUAUUGGCCUGGGAUGUUGAUUUCUAUGUCCAUUUUCUCUCUCUCCCAAUCUAUCUAUCUAUCUAUCUAUCUAUCUAUCUAUCUAUAA